CAGGCUGGCUAUCGUGAUUGUGACAUGCCGUUGCCAGGGUACAUGACAAAACAGCUCUCUGAAACACGCCGUCAAGACGUGCUGCGGGUCAGAAUGCAGUAUCCAUCGAGACAUAUCACAUCCAUCGCGGUGCUCAGCCUCAGUCUUCGGUUCCUGGAAGUGUUCCUAUUCUGGUUCAUCUGUUCCUGUUGGUACCUUGCAGUCGCAUCCCCGUCAUCCUGUCGGUUCUAUCCUCUGGUGGGUCCGGUCCUCGGCGCUAUCAGCUUAUGUGGCUUGUACACAGCCACAGCCCUGUAAUUUCGUUCGACCAACAUUUCUUCUUCGAGCCAUUAUUUAACUUUGAUAUAUCGCUGCAUAAUACCAUUGUUUCAUCAUUCUCCGCUUGCUUUCGAGGAUGCCUACACUAGAC